AGAGCGGAGGAGAGUGGGAGGUGCAGAACAUUCGUUCACUCGGUUUUCUCUCGCUCUCUCACACGCUCACACACACACGCGCUCCAGGAGAGGAGGAGGAGAGAGGCUACAGCGGCAGCUUCUCUGUGCAGACUGCAUCCUCACCGCAAACGGAAUCCCCCAGCACAGCUUUCCACACACACACUCUCACACACACACACUCACGCCUAUGCGCCUGGAGCCUGCACUCUCGCUCUUAGCCUCUCAGGAAAGCCUGUGUGUGUGUGUGUAUGUGUGUGUGUGUGUGUGUGUAUGCCCGCCUGCCGGUGUCAUUUCUCCACGGGGGUGAGUGAGUGCGUGAACGUCUUCCUCCUCCACGCUGUGCCAUGAUUGGCUGAAAGGUGACUACAGACGGGGGAGCCAGAGAGGAGCGGAGGGUUAAUGGAGCAACUGACACAAGGAGCGACUGACACGAGGAGAAACUGACACGAGGAGCGACUGACACAAGGAGCGAUUGACACGAGGAGCGACUGACACAAGGAGCAACUGACACGAGGAGCGACUGACACGAGGAGCGACUGACACGAGGAGCGGAGGGUUGCUGGAGCAACUGACACGAAGAUCAACUGACACGGGGAUUAACUGAGACGAGGAUCAACUGACACGAGGAACGACUGACACUGACAGGGAGAACUGUAAAGAGAAACAGGUGCACCAACCAGGAGGACCACAGCCAAAGAGGAAAUGAGCCACGCAAGAGUGUGUGUGUGUGUGUGUGUGUGUGUGUGUGUGUGCAUGUGUUUGUGUGUGAGAGAGAGAGGACUACCCGCGUGCACUCACAGACACACCACAAACACACACACACACGCACAGAAGAGGAAUAAGACGUGAACACGUCAGAGAAGAUACGCGGAAGUUGUUGGUUUCUCUCUCUCUCUCUCUCUCUCUCUCGGAUUUCCGGAGCAGUGUUGACUGUCAUCUACCCAGCACCAGCACCGGCUCCAGAUCUGAUCGCCUGCUCGUCGCUUGUCGCCGCUCUUCCGCGUUCUCUCCUCGCGCUCUCUUUCGUCUCCCAGGCCGUCUCUGGAAUGCCCCGCUGCGUGGCCCCCGCUCUCUCCGUGCUCCGGGGGCUUGGACUGUGACCCCCCCCUCCCCGCCCCCCCUCCCCUCCGCGCCACGCUGGAGCCCCCCCCACAGCAGAUGACCAGCAGCAACAGCAUGAGCAGCGGCUACUGCAGCCUGGACGAGGACAGCGAGGACUUCACCUUCUUCACCGCCAAGACCUCCUUCUUCUGCAACUCGCAGCAGGGCGCCAAGGGGCCCAAGGGACCCAAGAAUGUCCCAAAUGAGGAAGAGGAGGAAAACUCCAAGCUGCUGUCUGACGAAGAGCUCAAGGCGAAGAUAGAGGAGUACAACUCCAACAUCUCAGAGAAUGGAAUGAAACUGGCGAGUGAUGGCUCCUACACGGGCUUCAUAAAGGUUCACCUGAGGCUGCGGCGGCCCGUGACGGUGGCUGCUCCUGCUCCUGCUGUUGCCGCGGGUGACGGUGGUGAGGCCGCCGCGCCGGAGGGGACGAGCCGCACGUCCUUCUACCUGCCGAGCGACGCGGUCAAGCAGAUCCACAUCAGCAGCACCACCACCGUCAGUGAGGUCAUCCAGGGCCUGCUGAAGAAGUACAACAUGCUGGACAACCCGCGCAAGUUCGCCCUCUAUAGACAGACACACCGCGAUGGACAAGAUCUCUUCCAGAAGCUUCUGGUCACAGAGCAUCCUCUAUACCUGCGGCUGGUAACAGGCCCAGACGCAGACCACCUGACCUUCGUCCUGAAGGAGAAGGAAUCGGAGGAGGUGGAGUGGCAUGGCUUCUCGGUGCCGGAGCUGCAGAACUUCCUGUCGUUCAUGGAGAAGGAGGAGCGUGAGCGCAUGCGCGUGGUGGAGCAACGCUACAGGAUCUACCGUCAGAACCUCCUCAAGGCGCUGGAGGAGGUGCAGAGCAAGCCAGGCCCCCCCUGAACCCUGCCGCCCCCCCUGUACCCCCUCCUCAAGGCGCUGGAGGAGGUGCAGAGCAAGCCAGGCCCCCCCUGAACCCCCCCCAG